AUGUCGAGAUCAUUGGAUUGGAAUAUAUUUCUUUCGGUACCGUUGAUCACAGGGCACAUUCUCGCUAUAGGAAUGAAAGGUGUCAUGUCACCUCGGUUUCAGCUUUUACGUGCUAAGCAUAGCUUGGGCCCAUCAGCUCAAAAGCAAGAAACAAUGAAUGCAUUCAAGGCUUAUAAAGCAUGUGUCCCCAUUGCAUGGAGUCCCAACUUGUACAUAACCUUGGUGAGGGCAUUCCUGGAACCAGGAGACUUCACAGGCGUUAAGAGAUUGGUUGUGAUUGAGACUGAGGAAAUGUAUAAAGCCCGGAAGGAAAAGGAAGCUAGCCACCGGCUCUAUGUCCCCUUUGGUUGUGGGCCACUUUCCAACCAGUGCAACUGA